UCGCCUGCUUUCUUUAUUUAUUGUGCUUGUACGUACAUCUUUACGUUUUGUGCGGUUGUUUGCUAACUUUAACAAGUUUUACAGUUUUGUUACACAAUAGGCAGUAAAAAAGGACAAAAAGAAGAAUGGAGUCUUGGACAGCAGACUUCUUUGAAGAAAACUCAACUAAUUGCAUAGAGGAGUUAAAAGAUGACUCUAAGUGGUCAAAGAUUCCAAUGCUGAAGAAAUCCCAGAGUCACUUGUUAAAAGAGGGACAAUUUGUCAGAUUUAAAGGUAUGAUCCAGGACAUGUUGAAUCCGGUUUACUUCUUGGCCAAAUACGAAGUUCACAAUACUGUCACCAAUGAGAAGAGUUUUAAAUGUGGAAAAUACAAGGAUACACUUCAGUGUGCGGACCAUGAAAAAGUGCUGUUUGAUUCAGAAGCAUGUGAACACCAAGAAAGAAGGCCGAUGUACUGCAUAUCCGUGCCAGCAGUCAAUGACUGGGCCAAAGACAAACAUCUAGAACCAGUAUCAAUACAGCAAAGCAAUAAAGAGCAGCUUACAGUAAGUGCUGGUGUCAAAAGAAGUGCAGAUUCAGAAGAAAGCAUGGAAGUUGACAAUACUAGGCCUGUCAAUAACGAUGAUUCAAUCAAGAGACUUCGAUCAGCUGAGUCAACGAUGGAAUCAGAGAGUUCAGAAACUCCUAGUGGUCCAAUUGACUUAAAUCUUCCAAUACCUGAUGAACAAGCGGAGGCCUGUUUAAUAAAUUUGUAUGACCUGGACAAGGCUUCCUCUUUGAAGAUGAAUGAUGUGAUAGAGGCAGCGGGUUUCCUCAGUUUUGAUGAUGCCGCAGUUACGUCAGAGGACGGAGAGCAGUAUCUCCCCCCCUCUCUAGUCCCUCGGCUACAUGCUGUCACGUGGAAAACUGUCAGCUCAACACCUCCAACGCAGAGUAGCGAUGCUGUCAAACUGAGAGAUGAGUUAAGACUGGUCCUGACACAACUGUUGCUAGGAGACGCUCUGGCAGCCGAAUACCUCAUCUGUCAUCUCAUCUCUCGAGUAUACCUGCGUCAAGAUGUUUUGGUUCUGGGAAAGUUUUCACUCAACUUGUCCAACAUUCCGAUUUCCCCCGAAGACUAUACAACCCAGCUGUAUCAGUUUCUGCAGAACCUACUGAACAAAAGUCACUACCUCGCCAUGACAGUCGAAAACAUGAACUCAACUGUUAUGAUUCCUAAGAAAAAUUACGAGACAAACCGCUUGGAUAGUGGGAUGUUGCAGUUGAGUAGUAAGACCCAUUUGGUUCUCGAUGAGACGAAAAUGCAACCAGGAAAAUUGGAUGAAAGAGGAGUACAUAACUGUCGAGCUUUGAAUUCCGUGAUUGUGAAUCAACGAAUGGAGUACAACUUCCAGUUUUACGGCGUUGAAUUUCACACAGACAUUCCGAUCCUUAUUUUGUCCGAAGGAAAAUCCCUACUUCCGAGUGACUACCUGGUGCCGCUACAGCCGGAUCCGUUGUGCUUGUCCACGAUCAGUGAGGUUUUCACAGCCGCAACCCACUAUCUGCAGGAACCACUGCUGACUCAGCUACGCAACUAUGUAGCAACAGUCACCAACGUGACCUACGACCUCUCCGAUGAGGUCCAGAAGAUUGUGCAAGAGGAUUUUGUCAAGAUGAGACAAGAUAACCAGAAGUUUAAUGCGCAAGAUCUUCACUCUCUUCUCGUCUUGGCAAGAUAUUUGUCUCUAAGUGAAGGAAGUCUGUCUCUAACCAAGGACUGCUGGGCUCGAGCUUUACAAAUGGAACGAGAACGAAAACAGCGAUUGAAUAAGUAGUGGUUAAAAUAAACUGAAUUGUAAAACAUCAUUGUUAAGUUGUUGUAACUAUUUUUGUUUGUUAAUUAUGUAAAUAAACAUUUUUCACUUUUA